AUGACGAGAUUCUCCAAGAUCGCUGCAGUGUCGGUGCUGGCCACCACGGCAUACGCUCAGUGCGGCUCGGCGCCAGACGCCACUGUUGACGGGACAGAGGGCAGAUACACGGCCACGGUUGGUGGGUCAGAGGUUUACUCCGGCAGUGACUACUACACUGCUAUCACUACUUCCCUGGAUGGAAUAUCGAGUGGUCAGACGGUUUCAAUUCUAGCUUCUGGAAAUAUAGGUUCCAACACGAUCAGCAUUGACAGUGGCAAGACCUUUGAAGGCUGCGGGACUAUUACCGCCUCCAUCGCCAAUGGAAAGGGGGCUAUCGAGAGUUUGAACACCAAAGAUGUCUCCAUUCCGUACCUCAGUCUCACAGGAGAGGUUUACUUUGGCCUGCAUUUCUAUGGAACAACCGGCCUGACUCUGGGUGAAAUCGAUAUGCAGCUUACUGCUGGAAUUGGUAUCCGAUUCGACCGGGACGAGGCUGCCAACUCCAAUGUGAAAAUGGGCACCAUCACCGUCACUGGAGCUAGCUCCCACGCAGUCGAGACUUGGAACAUCGACGGCCUCACAAUUGACAGUGUGAUAGCCAAGGACGUUGGCGAGUGCGGUCUCCUCCUCCAGAAGACAACGAACGCUCGGGUUGGCCUCGUUCAAGGAGACAACGCUGGCUCCGGAACCGGUUACGCCACUCUGAGAUUCGCGAACCAGAACGGCAUGCUGAGCGACGGCAACUACGAGACCAACGUGGUCAUCGACCGGGUUGUCUCGAGAGGUGGCGGCCGUGGGAUAUUUUGCGUUUCAGAGUCUGGCGGCGCGGAAAUUGGCACCGUUGAGCUUUCGAACAACGAGAACAAUGCCAUCCUCAUUGAGAACUGCUACAACGUGGCUAUCAAGGGCGGCACUGUCCAGGGAGGUGGCGAGGUCCGCCUCGCAGCCCGUGACGAGUUUGCCAUCACCCGCGAUAUCAGUCUCACCCUUGAGGUCAACGACAACUCGGUCAGGGAGUCUCCUUGCUCUGAGAACCCUACUUUCAGCAUCACCGGUGACGCAACGCUGGAUGUGUGCUAA